UAAGCUCAACGAUCCAAAAACUAUAUAAAAGGUUAUUGCAAGAACAAGAUCUUCAUUCGAAGACGAUUGUCUUGAACAAAGACGAAGAUGAAGACGUUACUAUUAGCCGGAUUGCUUUCCUUUGCUGUGCCUUUCCUUUGCUGUGCCUUUGCAGUGGCCAAAGAUGACGACCAGACAAUGGCAUUGAAAUACUUGAACCAGUUCCACUACAUCUCACCGGCAAGAUCUGGAAACCACGACGUGAAGACGGCUCUGGAGAAAUUCCAGUCAUUUGCUGGGCUCCCUGUGACGGGGGAGAUUGACGCUUCCACCAUCGCCCAGAUGAAGAUGCCGAGAUGUGGCAUGCCUGAUGUGGAUGACAACGGACUCAGAAUUCGAAGGUAUAAAAGCGGACCCAAUUGGAUGAAGAAGCAUCUUACAUACCACAUCUCAUACGGCAGCGAUCUUCCGGAAAAAGUACAGGAUGGGGUCUUCGCUAAAGCUCUCGAUUACUGGGCCCGCGUAUCCGGAAUGAGCUUUUCCAGGACAAUGGACUUUCAGAACGCUGACCUUAGAAUCAGUUUUGGAUACAAGUCUCACAGUGGAUGUGCCUCCCCAUUUGAUGGACCUGGGGGUGUACUGGCCCACGCUUUCUUCCCCAAUGACGGCCGCGCCCACUUUGACGAGGACGAGAAUUUCACGGACGGGACCUCCCAAGGCACGAACCUACUCUGGGUGGCGACGCACGAGUUUGGCCACUCCCUGGGCCUGGAUCAUAGUAAUGUGCAAAGUGCGAUCAUGUUCCCGUACUACGGGGGCUACAGGCCAGACCUCGACUUGCAUGAAGACGAUAUUCAAGGAAUAAGAUCUCUUUACGGAAGUGAAAACUCUGGCUCUCAAAACUGUCGUGACUAUGAUUCUAACUGCCCGCAAUGGAAAAGCUAUUGCGGGCAAAAUGAUUACGUCAACGCCAGAUGCAAGAAGACCUGUGGCAAAUGCUGAGUGAUGACGUCACUUUAUUGUAAUGUUUGGUGAAUAAAUAAAGCUAUCUGAAACCUGA